UGUACGACCCGCGCAGAAGUUGGAUGUUUACCACUUCCCACCAAAUCCUCCGUCUAACGUGCUUUCGUACUUCGCUCACUCAAACAAACCGGUCAACUUUCGUGCUUUUUCUGUGACAAGUGCACAAAUUCGGAUAUUCCCAGGAUUUUCUCUUUCAGGACGACCAGCUAUCUGGCACCCAAUAAGCCAAGUGUCAGAAGCGAUGUGACAGACGAAGACUCGCCGUGGUGCCAGUGAUGUCUGUGUGCAGCAGCCCUUAGAGCGGAACUGUUACCAUGGAAGCCCCCCGCUAUGGCCUGUCGCUCCUCAUAUUGGCAUUUUUCCUCAACAUAGCCCGCACUAAUCAAGAAGGACCCUACCUCGACGACAACACCCCCACGAAGUCCACAUCCGACCACCACGACGAGUCGCUGCUGCUCAACUCCGACUCUUUGCCGAUCUUUCUAGAGGAGCCUCAAGACUCUUACGUGGUCAAGAACCGUCCCGCUACGCUUAAGUGUCGCGCCGCGCACGCCCUCAAACUCUAUUUCAAAUGCAACGGUGCAAAAAACGUCGUCAAUUCCAAGUUCGAGUUCGUGGAUCCGCAGACCGGGGUGCGAAUGAUGGAGGCCGAGGCGAACGUCACCCGAGACAUGGUGGAGGAGUUCUUCGCCAACGAGAAGUUCAAGUGCGAGUGCUACGCGUGGAGCGGCAGAGGCAGCAUCAGGAGUCAGUCGGCCACCAUCGACGUUGCUUACAUGAAGAAGCUGUUCGAGGAGAGUCCCGCGUCCACUCGGGUGGAACUCAACCAGCAGAUGGAGCUGCGUUGCGUUCCUCCGGCGGGAGUGCCGCCCCCGAGGGUGUACUGGCUGCAAGGGGGGCAGCCGCUGCAGCCGGACACGUCCAUUCUGGUGUCCACGGAGGGGCAUCUGCUUAUAGGACAGGCCCGGAGUCAGGACACGAAUAAUUACACCUGUGUGGCGGAGAAUAUCGCCGCCAAGAGGAUGGCGGCUCCGGCAGAGAUUAUCGUCUACGUCAAUGGGGGUUGGUCCCCCUGGUCCGUGUGGACGGACUGCCGGUGCCCCGGAGCGACCCUCUCCGCCGGCAAGAUGAGCACCCGCACCUGCAGCCACCCUCCUCCUAGCAACGGCGGUCUUCCUUGCCAAGGAUCGAGCGUCCGAAGGACCAAGGAUUGUAUUCCCUGCCCACAAGAAGACCUGGUGUUGGAUAACGCUUACGACUACGACAGUUACGAUAACGGCUACGUGGAGCCUCCCAGAUGGUCAGCGUGGUCUGAAUGGUCUCAUUGCAAUUCGGAUUGUCUGAAGACGAGACGAAGGCAAUGUAUACCAGGGAAUGGGCAAGGUAGGAAGACGUGUAAUGGGAGGGACACCCAGACGAUUUCUUGUAAUACCGAGCAGUGUAGGUCGAUGGAGCUGAGUCGAGUGAGAGAAGCUAACUUGGAGAAUACGAAAAACGACAUAGCCCUCUACAUCGGCGUGACCGUGGGCAUUUUCGUCGUCUCGCUGCUGUCCUUCUUCCUCACGAGGAUGUACUGGAAGAAGAACAGACACCAGAGUCUAUAUAAUAUGGCUUCUAAUGAUUACCAUCCGGAGUUUUUCCCGGAGCACGAUAAGAAGUCAUUAAGCCUCCAGCCAGACUUGACUCAAACGGUCCCGCCGUGCUAUGAAUACCCCUACACCACACCAGCGACAUCUGUGACCAGGUCAGUGUCCGAGCAUCACUACGAUGUGCCCCAUCUGACGUCCGGAAGCGACAUCCAGAUGUCACCGGCUACGAGCUCGACGUUGGAGUCGUCGAGUGGGAAGAGGAGCCAGUUGAGUGGCUUCACAAACAAUUCUGACUCCACGUACGAAGUGGCCACAGAAUCCGUCACCUUACCGCUCCCCAACUUGCCGGCGGCCUACGCCGUAACCCCAACCACCAGCGGAAACUACACCAGCACAACAGUGACGCACAGCGGCGCAUUCCUCAACCUCAUCGACUCCGGCGUGAGCCUCAUAAUCCCCGAAGGCGCCAUCUCGCGCACCAGAAAGCAAGAACUAUUCCUGUCCAUACUCAACGAAGACUGUUUCCGACCGAAACUCGCCGAGAACCUCACCCAACUCAGCCCCGUAGUUUCCUGCGGCCCCAACGUUUCUUUAAACAAGUCCGUCAUCCUCAAAGUCCCGCAUUGUGCAGAGCUCACCCGAAACAACUGGUCGAUUUCGGUCCUCCAGAGCGACUGCAGCGACUCGCAGUGGCAGAACGCCGUAACUCUGGGCCAAGAAACCAUCAACACUUCCGUCUUCUGUCAACUGGACAAAGAAGCGGUCUACUUGGUGACCGACUGCUUGUCUCGGUUCGUCGUGGUGGGCCAGUCGACGACGGGAAACGCGCUGAAGAGGCUGAAACUUGCGGUUUUCGGGCCCAAGUUGUGUUUUCAGAGUUCUGUAGAUUAUAGCGUUAGGGUGUAUGUUUUGGAAGACACGGAUAGCUCUUUGGAGACGGUGUAUGGGCAAGAGAAGCGUCUGGGAGGGUACUUGUUGGAUGAACCACGGUCUAUUGCGUUCCAGGAUGGCGGGAACAAUCUUUGUUUGAGCUUGGAUGGGUUGAGUGAAGGGUGGAAGUGUAAACCUUGCUCUAACUAUCAAGAGAUCCCGUUUAAGCACUUGUGGCAAGCCAAUAGUAAUAGUUUGCACUGUUCGUUCACUCUAGAAUGGUAUGAAAUUAAUAGAAGUUUAAGUUUCAAAAUUCGGGUCAACCAGAAGGGUUUCGAGUACCACCAGAUCUUCGAUAUUGUCUGUAGAGACGACACUGACGUUUCUGUUGGGAAGAGUAGCUCAGGGAAGCUACACCACGGUGAAUUGGUGCCAAAAUUGACCAUACAAAGUGAAAACAACCGAUCGGGCGAGACCAAAAGGCUCGUCGACCAUGGGCAUUCUUCGAAAAGUGCCAAAAGCCAUAAGUCCGACGAAAUUAAACUAGCCAAGAAUUUAAUAGUAACUGAUAGAGGUGUAUCUACAUGUGAUGACUUUAACUUUAGAUUAAGUAGGCAGAUUAAGAAGCAGCUUUGUCAAUGUUUAGAUCCUCCGACCCCCAGAGGGAACGACUGGAGGAUGUUAGCUCACGCUUUAAAUGUUGAUAGGUAUAUUAACUUCUUCGCAACGAAACCUUCACCUACCGACUGUAUACUGGACCUGUGGGAAGCCAGGCACAGACAAAGCAACGCCUUGACCGAGCUUAAACAAAUAUUUACCGAAAUGGAAAGAUACGAUGCUGUGACGAUUUUAGAUAAUUGUUUGGGACCUAACUGGUUAUAAAUAUUCCAUUGUUGCUGCAUUUAUUUUUUUCAAAAUUGGACUGAAUUGGUCGUUUUAUUCGAAGUUUUGUGCUUUCUUUGCCGUUGGCUUUGUGGUUGUAAAAUUAUUAGAUUUAUGUAAAUUAUAAAAUUAUUUUAUAAGUUGUUGAAAAUGGUGAAGAUGUCUUAGGUAGACGCAAAAAACGGACCACGUUCCAGAAUUGAAACUGUGCAAUUGGUUGUAGAUAUUUACUUUGCUGAAAACAGCCAACGAAUAUUUUCAACGUAAUUUAGUCUUUACUGAUUCAUAAUAGUAGGUACAACAAGACACUGCCCAGAUAUAGUGAAACUAUACAAAUACUGUAAUUUUGGUUUUUAUUUGCUUCGAGUUGGAAAUAUUCGUUCACUUGUUACCUAAGCACCAGAUAAUCGAGAUGUUUAGUCUAUCGUAAAUAUAGUUAAGUACAUACGUAUGACAUUAAAAAGGCAUAAUGUGGAGAGAAACGAAAUAUAAUGUAGAGUUUUAUACAGAAAAAUCAAAAGUAGUUUUCUAGAUAUUUUAGGAUGUUUUGUACAAAGUAACAUUCAUGUAACUAGAGGCAGGUCUACGUUGAUAUCUAGUAUGUAUUUUAGAAUAUAUAAUGAUGUAUAUAGUCAA